AUGGCAUUGCGACUCUGCCAGGACGGCGGCUCGCAAGGCGAGUCGAACCGUCGAGAGGGAGAGGAAGAAGCAGGCGCUGAAUCGGGAGAGGAAGAAGCGGGCGCUGAACCGGGGCGGGGGACUUGGGAGAUUUGGCAAGAGGACGACGACGCCGGCCGUGUUGCAGGUGGCGUUCAUGAUCCUGGUCGCGAUCGCGGCCACGGCGCUGUCGGUGAAACUGAUGACGCAGAUGUAGCCGAUGCUUAUGACUAUGACGAUGACAAAGAAGACAAAGACUAUGAAGAAGAAGAAGAAGAAGAAGAAGACGUCCUCGCCGAUGAUGAUGAUGAAGAAGAAAAAGAAGAAGAAGAAGACAUCCUCGCCGAUGAUUAUGACGAUGACGAUGAAGACAAAGACUAUGAAGAAGAAGAAGAAGAAGAAUUAGAAGAAGAAUUAGAAGACGACGACGACGACGACGACGACCUCGACCCGCGAGGACGAGGCCCCACCGAAGAGGCCGUGGCGGCGGCGCGAGACGAGGCCUCCGCGUUCAUGGCCUACUUUCCGCCAGAGAUAGAGGACUCGGUGAUCGCCAUGACCAACCUCGAAGCGGACAGGCGCAGGCCCGCCAUCGACGGGUGGAAGCCCAUGGGCCGCGUCGAGUUCCGGGCCUACGUGGGGCUGCUGGUGCUCGCCGGCGUGUACAGGUCCCGGGGAGAGGCCUGCGAGAGCCUGUGGGACGCCGAGAGCGGCAGGUCCGUGUUCAGAGCCGCGAUGCCGCUCAAGACCUUUCGAGCCUACUCGAGCGCGCUGCGCUUCGACGACAGAGAGACCAGACGGGCCGGGCGAGGCGAGGGCGGCGGCGGCCACGGCUACGACAAACUGGCCCCCAUCAGAGCCGUGUGGGACGAGUGGUGCGCGAGGCUGCCCGCCAUGUACCGCCCGGGACCGGAGGUCACCGUCGACGAGAGACUGGUGCCGUUCAGAGGAAGGUGUCCGUUCAGACAGUACAUGCCCAGCAAACCGGCCAGGUACGGGAUCAAGAUAUGGGUGGCGUGCGACGCGCGUUCCAGCUACGCGUGGAAGAUGCAAGUCUACACCGGCAAGCCCGACAAGCGCGGCCCUCCCGAGAAGCACCUGGCCACUCGAGUGGUCGUGGACCUCACCGAGGGACUGGCGCCGGGACGCAACGUCACGUGCGACAACUUUUUCACCUCGCGCGAGCUCGCCGACAGGCUCUUUCGCGAAAGAGGCCACACCGUGCUGGGCACUCUGCGAUCGAACAGACCCGAGAUCCCCAGAGAGCUGCGAUGCGUCAAGGGCAGGGCCGUGGGCUCCGUGGAAUCCGUAGUACUCGGCGGCUCUGCGGGACCGAGAAGAGGAGGAGGAGGAGGAGGAGGAGGAGGAGGAGGAAGGGGGCCAGACACGAUCAUCCUCUCCUACGUGGCCAAGAAGAACAAGAACGUGCUGCUCCUCACCACCGCUCCUCGCUACCACCACCACCACCACCACCGCCGCCGCUCCGGCCCCGAGCCCCGGCCUAGCCGCAGCAGCAGCAACAGCAACAGCAACAGCAACAGCAACGGCGGCGGCGGCAAACCUCCCUUGGUGCUGCAUUACAACCGCACCAAGGGAGGCGUCGACAACCUGGACAAGGUCGUGAGCACGUACAGCUGCAGGAGAAAGACCUGCAGGUGGCCCGUGGCCCUUUUCCACAACAUGGUGGACGUGGCGGCAUACAACGCGUUCGUGCUCUGGAGGGAAAUUCACCCCGACUGGAUGGCGGGCAAGCUCAACAAACGAAGGCUCUUCCUCGAGCGGCUGGGCAAAGCGCUCGCGUGCCCCAUGAUCGAAGCCAGGGCGUUGGCGCGAGGAGGAGGAGGAGGAGGAGGAGGCCGAGUCGCGGCCCGAGUCAAGAGGCGAAGGUGCCGCGUGUGUCCCAGGAGCAAAGACGUCAAGACCAAGAUCCUGUGCCACGAGUGCCGAGUGUACGUGUGCACCAACUGCGCCGUCACGUACUGUCCCAACUGCGCCGCUUCACGCACCGCCGCUUCCCAGACGCCGCCGACUUUGUAA